GUGCGUGCGUGUGCGUGCGUGUGCGCGCUAGAGAGUGAGUGAGUCAGAGGGAGAACCACCACGUCUACUUCUUUUAAUCUGUCUUGUUGAUGAACGGGCAGUGUAGGGUUUUUUAAUAUCCUGUAGUGAAUACAUUCACUAACCUGAUCUAUAGAGUUAAAAGCUUAAGAAACAAGGUGUAAUAAUUAGAGUUUGUCUAAGAAAAUGAACAGCAUGGGUGUUCGGGCCACGCUCGCCGUCCUCCUCCUGUUCAUAGCUACUGUGAAGGCUGCUGAAGGAGGAGUAGAAUUCUGGCGAAAAAAAUUCACAAUGACCUGUCCUGAAUCUGGGAAUUGGUUCAGGAAAGGAAAAGAAGUAGAAGCCGAGAGGCUAGAAAAGAACCAGAUAUCGAUACAAAGAAAUUAUGAUGGUAACUCCAAUGACUUAUACUACUGUCAAUUCGACAUUGAAGGUGAUGGAAGCGAGUCAAAGAAAGAAAAGAAAUAUUAUUUCUACGUGAAGGGAAAGGUGUGUGGAAACUGCUUUGAGCUGGAAUCCUUUGUGGUUGGGCUGGCCAUUGUUGUGGACGUGUUGGGGACAGCAUUUGUGAUGAUGGUCAUUUACAUGUGCACCAAGAAGAAAUACUCCGCAGGACUUAGUCAAGCUUCCAAAGCUCCUGCUCGUUCAGCAGGCCACGCUCCUCCAAACCCAAGUCCCUAUGAGCAACUGAAUCAUCGCACCCGCACCCAGGAUCAUUACGAUUUGCUGAACAGGAUGGGAUAAAGACAAGUCAUCUGUCUGCUCUGGGUCACUGGUUAAAAGGCUGCUCAUGCAAAGGCGACAUUCAUAAAAUACAUACACGAACAUCAGUCAUGCUUACAGUAGUAUGCAUACACUGGCUUUUGCUCUAUUACAUUUAAAGGGUCGCUCGACCCAAAUGGCAAAAAAAAAGAUUUCUCACUUACGUCUGGUAUUACAUAGCCAGGCAAUGUAGUUCAGGUUGAAGUUGUCCAGGUAUGCUGCCACCACCUGGAUACAACAGAGCUAAAUUGCAUUUAGUUUGGGAUUCUUACAGUAUUUAAAAAUUA